CUCGUCAACUGUCAACAGUGUCAACUUCCUUGUUUGUUUGUGGUUUUUAGUUUUUGUGAAUGAAUAGUCACUGUCACUAGUUCGUUUUAGAGAAGUUUAAUUUUAAGUUAUUUUAUUUAGUAGAUGAAAUAUGGAUUUAGCAAAGGUGCCUAACGACAAGAAGCUUAACCUGUGCAGGUGGUAUUUCAGAGUUGGAUGUGCUCUUUUGCCCUUCGUGUGGACCAUUAACGCUAUUUGGUUCUACAAUGAAGCAUUCAGGAAGCCCGAAUAUGAAGAACAGAAACAAAUUAGGAAAUAUGUUAUCUUCUCUGCGAUUGGAUCAGCGAUUUGGUUCAUGUUGUUAGUUACAUGGGUUACCAUUUUCCAGUUGAACAGAGCUAGUUGGGGUGCUUUUGCCGAUCACAUAUCGUUCAUUAUACCCGUGGGAACUCCUUAAUUAGUUUAUGUCAUUGUAAGAUUUAAGUUAUUGAAGCUACAUCGCUUUAGCAGUGUAUUGUACAUUUUAAUGUAAACUACUAAUUAAAAUGUACAAGAUUUUUGUUUCAACAUUUAA